GAAGGUUAUAUUUUCGAUCAGCGACAUACGAUGAUUCGAUGUCGUUUCUGUGUAUCAUCGACGAAGUGUCAUAACAACUUUUUUUAGUUAAAAUCGUUACAACAGUCUUGUUAGUCGAUCAAAGCUGUUUGUGUCGUCUGUCGAUAACCUAAACAUUAUUUGGUAUGGCUUGGUUGGGAUCGAUUGCCGAUCAUGUUUUUGGAAAUAUCGUAUUUGCGGAUUCACCUCCGAACGUAGUUCGAAAAGUCAAGCCCGAAGAAUAUAGUGAUCGACAUGUUUAUUUCCGCGAGGAUAGUGUUGUACUUUAUAAGCCAGAAGGAUCCCUUAAAAAGAAAUAUGAAGUUGUUCUUCAUAGACCAUGUACAGAAACAGUGCAUGAGGCGUACAGUUUAUAUCGAAGCGAAUCUAAGGAGGAUGCCACGCUUCAUUUUUACAUGUACAAGGACAAGGUUCCAAUACUUGUACAAAUUUGUCGUGAGAUGUGUAACGUGAAUAACAUACAAAAAUUAUGCAACACGUUAGAAGAGUAUCCUAGUUGGACAUUGGCACAUUUGGCAGCUCAUCUUUCCCUGUUCAAAGCUUUCUCCUAUGAUGCUGUGAAUUGUCAACUGAACAGUGGAGACGAUGUGACGGGAGUAUCGCCUCUCCAGGUAGCAGUGCAGACCAAUAAUCUGAAUAUAGUGCAGACAUUGAUAGAAGCUAAAUGUUCCUUGGAACAUUUAGACAAUAGAGGCAACACAGUAUAUCAUUACGCAGCUACAUCUACCAAAGAAAUAAUUUUAGCCCUCGGAGGUGACCUACCAAACAGUUUGAAUAGUCGCAACAAUAGUGGCUACACACCCAUGCAUGUCGCGUGUCUUAACAACAAACCCGAAUGCGUUAAAGCGCUUCUUAUACUCGGCGCGGAUGUAAAUAUUCCUGCCUCCAAGGGCCAGCCUUCUAGUCCAGGUUAUGUUGGAGAUCUCCUUCACACAAAAUCGAACUUUCUUCACGCCGAAGAUAUGAAAUACGGUGGCACACCGCUGCACUGGUCUCUAAGCAGAGAAGUUAUUAAUGCUUUAAUUGAAACUAACUGUGAUAUAGAUGCUCUGAAUUUUGACGGUCGUACGGCUUUACAUAUUAUGGCAAUGAGAAAACGAUUACCGUGCGUGGUGGCCCUUUUGAGUCAUAUGGCAUCCGUGAAUAUAACCGAUAAGGAUGGCAAUACUCCGCUACAUUUGGCGGUUUCGGAAGAUACGCUGGGAAUAGUUCAGAUGCUGAUCGGUUUCGGCGCGGACAUAAAUGCUACAAAUUGGAAAUCGGAAACGCCGCGACACCGGGUGACCGUCAACAGCACCGAGGGUCAGAAGAUUUUGUACAUUCUACAUGCCGUGGGGGCUUUGCGUUGUCCGUCGGUUAUGGAAAACUGCAAUAUAGGCUGCAAACAUAAUGAAAACUUCGUCGGUAUUUCCCCGCAACAACCUCCUUUAGUUGCUCCGCGUAAUGUUCUGGAUCAAGUGCUUCAUCUCUCUGGCAUGGAUACUAUGGCUUCGCAAGAAAACAAGCAGAUCAAAGGUGGACGACUUCUCUGCCUCGACGGAGGCGGGAUUCGCGGUCUGAUACUCGUACAAAUUCUAUUGGAGAUCGAGUCGGGCCUCAAGAAACCUAUCAUAAAAUGUUUCGAUUGGAUCGCUGGAACCUCGACCGGUGGUAUUUUAGCUCUUGGGCUCGCGUCUGGAAAGUCGUUGCGAGAAUGUCAGGCUCUCUACUUCCGCAUCAAAGAGGAAGCUUUCGUCGGAGUGCGACCGUAUAAAAGCGAAGCGUUGGAGAAGGUAUUGAAAGAUUGUCUGGGAUCGACAACGGUUAUGUCCGAUAUCAAGAGCCCGAAGAUGAUAAUCACCAGUGUCCUAGCCGACAAGAAACCUCUCAGACUUCACUUGUUCCGCAACUACGAUGCACCGAAUACUAUACUGCAAAUACCAGAUAGCCCUACGCCCAUCGAUCCUUCGCCGAACGAUCAAUUGAUUUGGCAUGUGGCACGGGCCACCGGCGCGGCACCUUCGUACUUCCGGGCCUUUGGCAGAUUCAUAGACGGCGGUUUGAUAGCAAACAAUCCAACUUUGGACGCCAUGACGGAGAUUCAUCAGUACAAUAUAGCCAUGAACGCUAUUGGCUACGAACCAGCCACGCCUCUGUCCUUGGUGGUCUCCCUUGGCACAGGAUUGGUACCACCUUCCCCGUUGAAGGACAUAGAUAUCGCUCUGCCCGAGACUCUAUGGGAUGCCGCAAAGUUUGCCAUGGGAAUAGCGGCUCUCGCGGAGAUAUUGGUGGAUCAGGCAACUGCCAGCGACGGGAGGAUCGUCGAUCGUGCCAAAGGCUGGUGCUCCAUGAUCGGAGUGCCUUAUUACAGAUUUAAUCCGCAGUUGUCGCAGGAUAUCGCCAUGGACGAGAAGAACGACGAGGUUCUCGCCGACAUGAUAUGGACCGUGUCAGCGUUCAUGCACACGAAUAAGCAACAAAUACAUGAAUUGGUAGACAUAUUAAAUCGUAUUGAUUAGACGAUAGAAUCUCUGUAUGUACCAUGGGUUGCUGAAAAGAUAUCAGACAAUACAGAGGGUCGGGAGGUACUUGUCUCGCUCUGCUUAACGUUACCGUCUCGAAAUCUCCAUCCUCCUUGACCCUCCUGUAUCGACCGUCAAUGAUCUUCUAUUUUACUCUCUUCUGUUCGUUUUCAUUGUCACGCAAUGCUCGAGCAGGGAGAUUGUCAGCUCCGCCAAUUAGAAAGAUCUAUCCUACUUUUAACAUUGUGUUACAUGAGGUAGACAUUUGGAGGUGUAAUCAAUUGAAUCUGCAUUCCUUCCGGUUGACAUCGUACUAAUUUAGUUAAUAUACAUCGAAUUCUUGAUGGAUUCCUUUAUACGCUUUACCUUCGAUGAUAUUUGAACAAUUUCUUUUGUUUAUACUCCCGAUUAUAUCAAAGUCUCAGAACAGUAACGCAGCUAGCUGGGAAACUAUCUUUAUUUUAUGCAUUGUACGUGUAUAAGAUCUGAGUUAGGUUAUGUGCGUCGCCGUUGUGUUUCUGUGUUUCUCCUUAUUUUGCAACAAAACGUAGAAACACAACAGGCAACGCAUCUAGCGUUAGAUAGAUGCGCAGACGAUUAUUCGCCGUUUAUUUUUAUAAUGCGGAUUGCAGAGUCGACGUGUGCCUUUUUUGCCAAGAGAGCGAAUCGCUCUAAAUUCUCGAACUUGCAACCUGCAUCGCGUAACUUUUUCUUUUGCUCAUGUACCUUGCGUUUAUACUACGUUGUUUAAGUAUAUUUGUUUAGAGAAAUCUCUCUGUACGUCUCCCAAAAAAUACUCUUUCGUCGAUCUGAAACGUGCAUUCGAUAUUAAAAAAAAAAAGGCGAUGAAGUUAAAGAUGCACACACAGCUUUAUGUGAAAAAAGUCUAUCGUUAGCGAAGAAGAAAGGAAUUUUAUUUCACUAUAUUACGCCAAGAAAUCUCAAAGAAUUAAAAACUAUGAUUAGUAACUUACACCUCGUCUACUUUACUUUCC